AUGAAAAUAACUUCAGUUCUCGCAAUUUUUUUGGCACUUAUUGUUAUUGCUCAAACAUAUCCUGUAAGUUUAAAUAAAAAACAGGAUCCAGCACAAAGUGAUAGAACGGUACCAACAGGACCAAAUCCCCUUCAUCAUAAAAGACAGGACCCAGCACAAAGUGAUAGAACGGUGCCAACAGGAUCAAAUCCCCUUCAUAAUAAAAGACAGGACCCAGCACAAAGUGAUAGAAAGGUACCAACUGGAUCAAAUCCUCUUCAUAAUAAAAGACAGGACCCAGCACAAAGCGAUAGAAAGGUACCAACAGGAUCAAAUCCCCUUCAUAAUAAAAGACAGGAUCCAGUAGAAAUUGAUUGA